CGUCCAGCCGUCAGUUCACAGCAGAGCAGCAGAGGCGGCUGACCAGAACCAAACACUUUCUCCACUUCUUCCCUCAGUCAGUGAAAAUGAUCCGGUUUGACGGUUUGCUGAAGGCUGCGCUGGUCACCGUCGUCUGGGUGGUCGCUUCUGGAAACGCAGAUGAGAAAUUAGCCACUUGCUGUGAGAAAGUGAACAGGAAUGAGAUCACAGAGCCGAUCCUGGGAUUCCUGUUCCAGAAAGCCAAUUAUCCGUGUGUCCAGGCCAUCAUCUUUCAGACAGAAAGCGGUCUUUACUGCAGUCAGGUGACGGCUCCCUGGGUUAAAAAGAAGAUCAGCGAAUACAGGGCAGCGAAGGCUCUAAAGAGCGCGGCCAGUUCCUCUCCACCAUCGGUCUCCCUCCUCUCCAUCAUCACCUCCGCCGCCUCCGCUCCGCCUCCCUCCGCUCCGCCUCCCUCCACUCCUCCUCCCUCCACUCCUCCUCCUUCCUCUUCCUCUCCUUUCUUCAGCUCUGCCUCCGGGGUUUCAUCCGGCGAUUCGUUUUCUGGGAGCGAGGAGGACGAGAGCUUCGUGACCUUCAUGACCUCCGGCUCCGGCGAAAACAUGUUGAAGGUCGCGCUGGUCGCUGUGAUCAUGGCGGCUGUUUCUGCAAACCCAGGUGAGAAGUUGUUUAGCUGCUGUAAGAAAGUCAGCACAGCUGAGAUCACAGAGCCGAUCACAAAGUUUGAGGUCCAGCGGCCGAAUCCUCCGUGUGUGAGAGCCGUGAUCUUCACCACUCAGACGGGGCAUUACUGCAGCCACCUUCUCGCUCCCUGGGUUUUCCAGAAGAUCCAAGAACUGAGGAGAGCCAAAGCUCAGUCGUCCACUCUUCAGGUUGUCACUUCGACCCCUCCUUCAUCUUCAUCUUCCUCGCUCCUCUCCAUCAUUGCAUCCACCGCUGCCCCUCCUUCAUCAUCGUCACCUGGACCGUCUUCAUCGUCUUCGUCUUUCUCCUCCUCUGCCUCCACAAGCGCAGAAAGUGAGACGUUUUCUGCCUCCAGAGAUCAGUAGAGCUGCAGCUGAUGGAAAAAAACAGAAAAUAUAUUUAAUUUAUUUUCUCUGUACAACUAAAACCUAAAGAUAAGAAAAAUGAAAGAAUAUAAUUAAGCUAAAUUACGAUUCACAUUAAAUAUUCCGUUUUUCAGUGUUAAUUUGGUAACGUUAUUUAUUAAAGUAUUUCACUGUGCAGGUAGAGGAUAAAAUAUAUUUAUAUUUAUAUAUAUAUAUACGUUAUAUAUUUGUGACAGUUUAAUAAAUGAUAAAAAUGCCUGUAAAAUAUUUUAAGCUAUCUAUCUACUUUAAGGUGUUUAACGCUUCACUCUGAAGUAAAACUGUAAAGAUAUAAAGAAAUAAAAAUCUCUAAUCUAAACCUUAAU